AUGAAACGUAUCGUGAGGAUUUCAUUCACCGACGCAGAAGCCACCGAUUCUUCCAGCGAAGAAGAGACGGAGGAGCGUGGAAGAUCCCAGGCGCGCCGCCGUGGGAAACGGCUCGUCAAGGAGAUUGUAAUCGACGACAACAAAUUCGUUGCCUGUAAGACGAGGUUUAAGAUCAGGAUUCCGGCGGAGUUUCUCAGGGCGACGGAGACGGAGACGAAGACGGCGACGGUGGGGAGGAGGAAGUUCCGUGGAGUGAGGCAGAGGCCGUGGGGGAAAUGGGCGGCUGAGAUUAGGUGCGGUCGAGCUCUCAAAGGACGACGUCUUUGGCUGGGUACUUUCGACACCGCCGAGGAAGCUGCUCUUGCUUACGAUAACGCCGCGAUUCAGCUGAUUGGCCCUGACGCGCCUACCAAUUUCGGUUUUCCGGCGGUGGAACAGUCUCAAGAGGUUAAGACGGUGGCCGGAGCAUCCGCCGUUGCUCCAGGAGCGUGA